AUGAAAAUACAUACUGGAGAAAAACCUUUUUCGUGUCAUAUCUGUAAAUAUCAAUGUAUUCAAAAAAGUCAUUUGCAAAAGCAUAUGAAAAUACAUACUGGCGAAAAACCUUUUUCAUGUAAUAUCUGUGAAUAUAAAUGUAUAAAAAAAAGUAAUUUGCAAAGGCAUAUGAAAAUACAUACUGGAGAAAAACCUUUUUCAUGUAAUAUCUGUGAAUAUAAAUGUAUUAAUAAAAGUGAUUUGCAAUCACAUAUGAAAAUACAUACUGGAGAAAAACCUUUUUCGUGUCAUAUCUGUAAAUAUCAAUGUAUUCACAAAAGUAAUUUGUGGUAUCAUAUGAAAAUACAUACUGGAGAAAAACCUUUUUCAUGUAAUAUCUGUGAAUAUAAAUGUAUUAAAAAAGAUCGUUUGCAAAGGCAUAUGAAAAUACAUACUGGAGAAAAACCUUUUUCAUGUAAUAUCUGUGAAUAUAAAUGUGUUACAAAAAGUAAUUUGCAAUCACAUAUGAAAAUACAUUCUGGAGAAAAACCUUUUUCGUGUCAUAUCUGUAAAUAUCAAUGUAUUCACAAAAGUAAUUUGUGGUAUCAUAUGAAAAUACAUACUGGAGAAAAACCUUUUUCAUGUAAUGCCUGUGAAUAUAAAUGUAUUCAAAAAAGUAAUUUGCAAAGGCAUAUGAAAAUACAUACUGGAGAAAAACCUUUUUCAUGUAAUAUCUGUGAAUAUAAAUGUAUUAACAAAAGUGAUUUACAAAGGCAUAUGAAAAUACAUACUGGAGAAAAACCUUUUUUGUGUCAUGUCUGUAAAUAUAAGUGUAUUACAAAAAGUAGUUUGCAAUCACAUAUGAAAAUACAUACUAGAGAAAAACCUUUUUCGUGUUAUAUCUGUAAAUAUCAAUGUAUUCGUAAAAGUCAUUUGCAAAGGCAUAUGAACACACACACUUGA